AUGGACCCUCAUGGUUAUGUGGAAAAGUCCUCGAGACGUUGGUCAGGGAAUCAUAAACUUGCUUCGAAAAACAUCCCCGACCGGCCAUCUUCCACCGCUCCUACAUACAUGCCCCUUACAGAUCCAUCUAAUGGCUCUGAACCUAAACGUCAGAUCCAAAAUUACCAUCAUCACCGACGUAGUGCCAAGUCAACAGAAUAUUCUUUCCCUCCUUACUCACCUGGACGUACGGUAUCUGCUCCACAGAUUCCCCAGCAUAAAAGGUCCAGCUCGUUAGGAACGAUUCCUCUUAAAAACACCAAAAACUUCUAUUCAUACCCCAGCCUGAACACUGCAUUUGAGUCUCCUAGCACUGCAAAUUCUUCCAUAUCCUCCUCCUUGUCUACUACUUCCUCUAGAAGACCUAGUAAAACAGUUCACUUUGAAUCAACUAGCGCUGACAAAGCCCGAGCUAAAAGAAAUCGCCACUCCAUUGCCGUGUCGCCUUCUGAAAUCAAAUCUUCUCUCCGUCAAAGUUCGACAUUGUUCCCUUCAAAAGAGUUUUCCGAAGAUACGUUAGAAAAGAAAAUUCAUCUACCAGAGAGUAUUAGCCCAACAUUUUCUCUUCCUGCUUCUUCAUCACAUCAAAACACAUAUUUACAAACCAUUUCUCCUCAUAACAUGGUUCCACUGCUUCCAUAUUCACAAGACAAUAGACAACAGUACUCUUAUUAUCCUACUCAGCAACAGCCACUUCAACAACAGCCGCAACAACCCCAGCACUUGUUUCCACCUCCACAACAACAACAGGUGUACCUGCAUCCAAUCCAAACAAACCAUGUCAAUGCCAAUUAUGUCUAUGGGAGCCACACUUCCUAUUAUCCUCCACAACCCAUGCAUCAAAACCCAACUUUCUACAAGCCUUACUCUGCACCAACGGUUUAUGGGACCCCCCCUGCUGCCACACCUCAGUCACCAAUUUUACCCAUGUACGGGAACACCUGGCCAGGAUACCCCCAGCCACCCAUCCCAUCGCGUGUUUCUAGCUCCACUGCAAGUAACCAGGAAAUGUCAAAUCUCUACUCGACCUACCCAAAACGUCGUGUAAGCAAUGCUGGGAGCAUUUCAGCAGGAAGCAGCCAUAGUAGUUGCAGCAGUAGCGAGAGUAGUAGCAGUGGAAGCAGUAGCAAUGGAGGAGGAAGUAGCAGCAGCAGCAGCAAUAGUAGUGGUACUAGCAUUGCUUUGGAACAACCAAAGAUUCCUCUUCGGAUGCGGGCAAGUAGAGUUAAGGCCCAGCAGCAACAGCUGCAACAACAACAUAUUCAAUCAGAUUUAUCGAUUCUGCAACAGAAUACGGAUGAUCACUCCGAGCCGGGUGUUAUUCGUAUUCCGUCUCCGGGCCAAAUCUUCAACUCUAGCAUGGAAUUAACUUUGAGCAUUUCGCGCAAAAAAAACAUAUUCGGAGAACGCCAGAUUUUUACCGAUGAUAAAGAACCCGAGGAAGAAACGAUCCGGACAGAAUUGUGGCAGCAUCAGCAGCAUCAGCAGCAUCAGCAGCAACAACAGCAACAACAGCAGAGUCUCAUGUCACAGUCUCAAUUGCAAUGCUAUCAACGUGCCGGAUCGCCUUUGUUGCUGCCUCAGAGAAUCUUUGAGCCUCAUUUCCCAAGUAGUAACCCAACUGCGACAACGUUGACUACUGCAAUCAUUAUUAGCUCGCUUUUAGCCAAAGUGAAAAAUAUUGCUAUGCGCGUUGCCUCAAAAUAUGCUAAGCUCAACAAUGCACCACCCUUAUUACAGGUGACUGCUCAGUUUAUGAUUUUUUUCAUUUCGCUUGACUUUUUGGUUAAUUUGUUUGCAAAGUUUGGACUCUUGAAAAGCAUGGAUAUGUUUCUUAUUAAUGUUGUGAUUGCAAGCACAGUAUGGGCGUUUUUCAUGAGAAAUUGGCAACUGAGGUAUCAGAGAGAAAGUGCGAAGCAAUAUUAA